GUCCACAAAAAGGAAGUAGCUUAUACUGUUUUGAUAGAAGCACAUUGGAAGUUGCUGAAUGCCCGCACAUGAGAGAACUGACAGCGGAGAAGUUCUUCUCCAGGUGAAAUGGAAAGAGCCCUGUUUCUGAUUUUGCAAGUUGUAUUGUGGGCAAGAGUCUCAGCCCUAUUCACUGUGCAGGUGACCCGUCCCUCCCAGCAGGCUGAGUUUGGUGGCAAUGUUACGAUGGAGUGCACGUUCCCACCAGGAGACACUGAGCAGAGCCUGUCUGUGUUCUGGAGCCGUGUCCACCCUCAGCCUACCGUGGAGGUGUACAGGCUGCAGAAUGGGCUGGAGGACCUGAGGGUCCCGGACCCCCAGUACAGGAGUCGUGUGCGGCUGAUGAAGGAGGAGCUUAAGGAUGGACGGGCUGUGCUGCAGAUCUCCAAUCUGAGGAUAACCGAUUCCGGAACUUACCAAUGUUUGAUGGAGAUGGGGGGAGCCGACUAUAAACAGACUGCUCUUACAGUAAGAGCUCCCUACAAAUCGAUCAAUAAAAGCAUCAAGAUGAAUGAAAGAGGGGUGGAGCUCUCCUGUGAGUCCCAGGGCUAUCCACUGGCCAGUGUUGUCUGGACAGACUUGUCAGGCUGGAACAUAACCAAGGAAUCUAACAUCACAGUGGCCACAACCGUCAACGAUCUGUUCCACAUAACCAGCACAAUAACUGUCAAAAGCUCCAACAACACCUACACGUGUACCUUUGUGGGGGAAGGGCUUAUGGACCGAUCCGUUCUAUUCCAUAUUCCAGAUGAAAUACCUAAUAAGAUGACGGCGAUAAGCUCUAAGUUCCCCUUGAUGCUUAUAUUGAUUCUUGGGAUCAUCACAGUAUGUGCAGGUGUUGUGGCAUACUUCAGGUGUAAAGGUUUUAAGCAGCACAUCAUGUCUAGGACCAGAGACUGCCUACUCCCUGUGGAUUACACUGCCGCAUAUCUUCCCCCGGACACCACCAUUGAAAUCCAGACCCAUGUUGAAGAAAAAAGAGUGGAGAACCUGAGGGCGGUUCUGAGAAGCAGAUACGUGGGUCUCACAUCAGACCCGGAGGCGUCAGAGCAACGCGUUCGCUUCUGUAGCAAGGUGUUACCACAGCACCUCUGCAGCAGGGAUGGCUUGCCUUUGGAGGUCACUGCCCUGUUGCCUGAUGUUGGGGAAUCUCUUCUGCUGGAGGGGGAGACUAAGAGUGGGAAAACCAGUGUGGCUCUCGCCCUGGCCUCUAGCUGGGCCCAAAAUUCUGAGUGGGACCCAUUCGGCGUCAAGCGCUGUCAGCUGGUUGUCAUGGUGACCUGCGAGGGAACGACGGGUGACCUGUUCCAGGAAGUGAUUUCACAGCUGGGACUGGAUGGAGAGCUCACUGUGUCCGCCCUGCAGGAAAUUCUGAGCGGGCCGGUGGAAGCACUGAUUGUCCUGGAUGGUUACAGAUUUGGGAACAGGGACCUGGAUGAGUCACUCAGAGAAUUCCUGAGGAGGCAGCACGCCUGCAGGGUAUUGGUGACGGCACUGCCGGGACAUUGCGCCGACCUGUGGGAGUUUUUCGGGACAGUGCUGGUGCUUACUAGAGAGGGUGCAGAAUGCCACGAAUACUGCUGACAUCAAACAGGUGAGGGAGACAAUGGACAAUCUCAAAAUUCACAAUCUCACGGCCCACAGCUACUGCUCAAAAGCCUGUAUGUGAAUGGUCUAAGUGAAAGAAAAGUCAAAUCUUUCUCUUUUUUUGUCUAUACCAUGCUUCUUUAGAGUGGUGGAAGUUAAUGCCUACAGGAAGCAUAUGGGAGGUUAUUUUAGAUUUAUGAAAUGAUAUCUGCCAUUUCAGUCAUACUGCUGUCACACCACUAGUAUUCCAGAGCUUCAAAUGUUUUAUUGUUUUGGCUGCUGGUUGGCCAAAGCAUUGUUUUUGUGUACUGGUCAUGGCCUCAUGUUCUAGCAAAUCCUGAGCAGGCCAGAACCAACAGUGACCUGCAGCACUAGAUGGCAUUGGCUGGCUGUGGUGUCAGCCUGGGAGGGAGGGCUGCAGUUGGUAAAGAUGUUGUCCCUAUUUCAUUGCACAAGUGCAGCUCUUCUGGUUGAACAGUCUGCCUGUACCAGCUGAUGCAGUGACUGCCACUUUGCUGGUGGAAUGCAGAGAGAAAAGAAGUGACAACUGGUAACAAGUACCUCAGAGGAGAAUUUGUGCUUGGCUUUACUGUUCCAAAUUAAGGGAUAGGUUUAAAGAAUAGUUUUGGAAUGUAGUGUUGACUUGAGGUGUUGAGGUACUGUAUGUCCAACUAAACUUGGCUCCUGCUCUUGUGUUCGGGGGUAGUUGAAUGAUGAUACUGCCAAAGGGAUAGGCUUAUGAAGGCUGGUCCCUUCAUUAUGAAAAACUACUUCCAACACUGAAACACGUGUCUGCUGAUCACUUUGUACACACACACACACACACACACACACACACACACACGCACAAAGACACACACGUAUGCACACACACACUCACAUACACACACAAAAAUAUAUGCCUACUGUAUGUGAAACAUUACUUUUUUAUUCACAAAUUACAAAUAAGGAGUGUGGUGUCAUAAACCUAAAAUAUUGUUUUUCCCCAAACACCUGAGAAGGAAUACAAAUGGAAACAGUCACAAAAAUUGUAUUACUAGGUUCAUUACAUGAUAUAGCACCACUUUUUAUAGUACCUGUUUUUUAUAUCUAUACAGCUUGCUGUUUUCAGACUGUUUGUGUUCUUGUCAGACAUGACAUAUACUUAAAUUAAUACAGUCCUACUUUUCUGAAGAUGCUUAAUUGUGUACAUUAUAUUGUCAUUACAUUGUUUAAAAUUAAAGUGAAAUGUGCUUUCUACUUCUGAACGAGACGUGGAAAAGACUGUUACUUGAUGACUUCAUGCAGACAGUUUAUUCAAAUAAGAUUUUAUGACCAAAAAUGACACCACAACACGCUGGGUGUAAAAUUAAAAGAACUGAUUAUAUCUGUAUUGUGAACAUUCAGGCAUACGUUUGGUUGUGUAGCAACUGUGAAUCUGAAAUAUAAUUCACAUCUGGGGCAACAAAAGUAAUGUCAAGGCUGUUAAUAUGGAGGAAAAUGACGUUUCAUUUUCAUUUUGUAGAAUAUUUGUUGUGUAUUGUGAAAACGAGGGUUUUUAAAGAACACAGAAUAUGAAAAGGAGCUAGAUGGGGAGCUUUGGGCUUUGCAGACCCCUCCUUUUGUGACCAAAAAUAGAGUAUGCUGAUAAGUACUCCUUUCAGGAAACUGAAAAUGAACUUGUUUCUACUCAUUCAGUUCCUCUUUCAGAAUUUAAAGUGUGCCAAGGGCAUGACAGGACAAACAUACUGACCAAAAGAUACAGUAGGUGCAUUUCCGAGAAGACCGUUGCUUCAGGCAUGUAUAUUCUAUUGGGGGUGUCUGUACUGGCCUCCUUUGUGGGAACAAAUGGACAAUCAGAUUUCUUUAAGAUGAAGCACAGGAAGAAAAUGGAGCUUUGCAUCUUCCAGAAAAUGUAAUGAAUGUGUGACAUUAAGAGAUUGUUUGCGUGGGGCAUUUCAACCUAAUUUUAUUGUCCUGCCAUGACUGCACAAUUUUACUUUCAGUCUUACGUACUUAGCAGUGGUAUUGUGAAGGGUUUGUCCCAUGGGCAGAAUAGAGAAGUGUCUGUUUCCAGUGAAAUGAAAGAGAAAGAUGAGAGGAUACUGACAGUAAGUCAGAGUCACUGCUUUUAUUUUUACUUUUAAGUUUUACUCAAUUCAGGGUAGAGUCAAUGUCUAUCCUUGUUUGAUGCAACCUUAUUUUUGCAAAUUGGAGUUCCUGAGGAAUAGACAUAAUUAACAAACCAGCCGUGCUGAUGAACACUGGUGAAAAUAUAUUGGGAUGCCAUCCACCAAAUUCUGCCUUGGUGGGCAUGCCCCGUACCCGUGCAGCACAGAGAGUUUGGCACUUUUCAGGGUUUCCUACAGAAAUAACCACAAUGGCAACAGUCUCUCAGCCCUUAACAACAGUCAUUUCUGUACCUUCUGACUGCAUGUGAACAGACAGAAUUCACAAACAAGUUCACAUGUACAAAUAAUAAAGCCCCAAACUUGGGUUAUUUUGA